UCUAAAGAGGCCCCCCGCCAGUAACCAGACAUAAGCUACGAGGGUCAGAUUGGCAGACUGUGCUAGACACAGCUACCCAUCAGGCCGUCCACUUUCUACCAGGCAACGGAAGACAGGUGGCUCUGCCCUUGGCUGAGGGUAGGUGUGGCACUCCUGUCCGCCCCCACUGUGCCCUCUCUGGCCCCCGUGCAAUCAGACGCAACAACAGGAGCAACUACCACCUGAGGCCAUUCACCAGGAACAUGGGGCUCCCUGGUGUCCAGCUCCGGCUGGUGCUGCUGUGGGCACUGGUGUGGGCACAGGAGACAAGGUCUGUGUGUCCCUCUUGCGGGGGCCCCACCCUGGCGCCCCAGGCGGAACGAGCUCUGGUCCUAGAGCUAGCCAAGCAGCAAAUCCUGGAGGGGCUGCACCUGACCAGUCGUCCCAGGAUCACUAACCCUCCACCCCAGGCAGCACUGAGCAGAGCUCUCCGGAGACUACAGCAGGGAAGUGUGGCUCCGACGAAAGGGGAGGAGGUCAUCAGCUUUGCUACCACCACAGAUCCCUCCACGCCAACCUGCAGCUCCACGCUCACCUUCCACCUGUCCACUCCUCGGUCCCACCAGCUGUUCCACGCGCGCCUGUGGCUUCACGUACUCCCCACCCUUCGUGGCACUCUUUACUUGAAGAUCUUUCGUUGGGGCACCAGGAGGAGGCACCGAGGGUCCCCCGCCUUCCUGGCUGAGCACUCAAUUACAAGCCCCGGCUGGCAUGCCCUGACUCUGCCCUCUAGUGGCCUGAGGGGUAAGGAGUCUCGUGUCCUAAGACUCCAGCUGGACUGCAGUCCCCUAGAAGGCAACAGCACAGCUGCCGGCGGCCAACCUCCGCGCCUCCUGGACACAGAGGGAAACCAGCGGCCCUUCCUGGAGCUGAAGACCCGUCCCAAUGGGCAGGGAGCAGGCCGUGUCAGGAGGAGGACCCCCACCUGUGAACCUGACACUCCCUUAUGUUGUAGGCGAGACCAUUACGUAGACUUCCAGGAACUAGGGUGGAGGGACUGGAUCCUGCAGCCUGAGGGGUACCAGCUGAAUUACUGCAGUGGGCAGUGCCCCUCCCACCUGGCUGGCAGCCCGGGCAUUGCUGCGUCCUUCCAUUCUGCUGUCUUCAGCCUCCUCAAGGCCAACAAUCCCUGGCCCUUGGGUACCUCCUGCUGUGUCCCUACUACCCGAAGGCCUCUCUCUCUCCUCUACCUGAACCGAGAUGGUAAUGUGGUCAAGACAGAUGUGCCCGAUAUGGUGGUGGAGGCCUGUGGCUGCAGCUAGCAAGAAGAUCUGGGGGUUGAAGUAAAGAUAUCAAGUUGGGGGUUCCCAGGCAAAGGGCACCUGCGGCAGGAGGCAUCAGAUUCCUGAUCUGCACCACCACCCGAUGGGCCACCUGGCAGUAUGACUGAGCUGAUCUCUCUGGGACCCAAACGGACGCUUUCCUAUCCAGGCGCUGGUCUGUUCCGGGGUAUGGUGUGUGGGGAGCUGGGGAAAGUGUGUGCUCUGAAGGGAUCUACCCAGAAAGCAUGAUUUCCUGCCCUAAGCCCUAUGAGAAAACAGCAGCAGCAAAGGAGGGAGGGAGGGAGGGAAGAAGCAGGCAGAGAACAUGACUUAGUCUCUCCCAAGAAGACAAAGUCCUCGAGAGAAGAAAGAAGCAGACAGAGGGCCCGGCAGACUUGGGGCAGGGGAAACAGGCUGGCCAGGGGUCGGGCUGUUGAGGUGCUUUAAGGGAGGGUCAACAAGGAUAUGGGCAAGGGCCGAGGAAAGGGGUUGAGCAGAACCCCAGAAAUGGGAGUCAGGAGAGAAGCGUGCUGAGACUGAGAAGUUCCUCGGCUUUUCCCAGUGAGGGGCAGGACCCACUGGGGAGACAAACAUUUAUACUUUCCUAAUAAAAAUGAAGGGGGAAAAAAUUCAACCAGUUUGAGUCAUAAAGGGCUGGGGUGUUGGUACAGAGCAAUGGUUCUCAAAGUGCGGUCUGGGGACCGCUGGGAGGUUCCUGAGACCCUUUCAGGGGUGUCCACGGGGUCACCACUAUUUCCAUAAUAACACUAAGAUGUUGUUUGCCUUUUUAUGUUCAUUCUCUCAAAAGCAUUCAGUGUUUUCCAGAGGCUGGUGACAUGUGAUUACAUCAUCGUUCUGACAUUGUUAAUGGGAUGCGUGCUUUGUGUAUUCUUGUGUUACAAACUUUUUUCAGUUUUAAUUUCUAAUAUGGUAAAUUGGUAUAGACCACAUAAACAAAA